AAGAAAUUGGAGGAGGUAGGGAUGGGGAUGAGGAAGGAGACCGGAGGAGUCCGGAGCUAGGUGGAUCCCCUGGGAGGAGGGAGGGGAGUCCAGCUUUCCGCCGGGUGCUCUUGCUCCAGGAUCAGAUUUCAACCGAGGCUGCAGCUACUGCGGCUCUCUAAGCCGUUUAGGGCGAGGAGGGGGUGAAAGGAAGAACGCGCUGGAAGGAGGGCGAGCACGUAGACGAUGAAGGCCGGCUCCAGCGACUUCCGGCAAGGGCCCAGACCAGCCGCCCCUCCGGCCUUUCCGUGGCUGGUCGCACAGCUCUCCACCAGAGGGCGACCUGCCCACUAGCAGCGGAGUCCUGCUGGCGGAGAACUACAAGUCCCAAGCCGCCAGGGGGUCGCGCCCGCCUCCCCACCCUCUUAAUCUCCGUUGGCCGCGGCAAGCGAGGAUUGGCUGUCUCCAGGGCUACCGGAGGUGCUGCCUGGUGUCUGAGGCGGGAGGUGGUCCGCCCCCUAUUGUGCAGCGGGCGGAGGGUAGCGAAGCGGCUAUCUGCAGGUCUGGCGGUGCUCCUGAGAACAGCUUCCUCAGAUAUUUCGUGAGCUAAGCCCUAACUGUCCAGAAGAGUACGAGCUGAAACCUGUUAUCUGAUCAGAAGGAUCGGCCAGGCUUGCUGGGCUGUGGACGUCCCAGGCCCCUCCACCUUGCCCCCUGUAGAUAGGGGGGGCCGGGUGAGCAGGCAGCUGGGCUAUGGUUUGGUGUCUCAAUCUGGCCAUCCUCAGCCUGAUCAUCAGCCAAGGGGUUGACGGUCGAGGGAAUUCUGAGGUGGUACCUGUGGUGGGCCGGGCUGGGGAGAGUGCUGUGCUGGGCUGUGAUCUGCUGCCCCCAGCUGGCCGGCCCCCUCUACACGUCAUUGAGUGGCUACGCUUUGGGUUCCUGCUUCCCAUCUUCAUCCAGUUUGGCCUCUACUCUCCCCGAGUGGACCCUGAUUACGUGGGGAGAGUCCGGCUGCAGAAGGGAGCAUCUCUCCAGAUCGAGGGGCUCCGGGUGGAAGACCAGGGAUGGUACGAGUGCCGCGUGCUCUUCCUGGACAAGCACAGCCCCGAAGAUGAUUCUGCUAAUGGUUCCUGGGUGUUUCUCAUGGUCAAUUCACCCCCUCAGUUCCUGGAGACACCUCCCCAGGUGCUGGAAGUUCAGGAAUUGGAGCCCUUGACCUUGCGUUGUGUGGCUCAAGGCAGCCCCCAGCCUCAUGUGACUUGGAAGCUCCAAGGACAGGACCUUGGCCAGGGCCAUGGCCAGAUGCAGGUGCAGAACGGGUCGCUGUGGAUUCGGCGGGUGGAGCGAGGCAGCUCUGGGAUCUACACCUGCCAAGCCUCCAGUACUGAGGGCAGCACCACCCACACCACCCAGCUGAUUGUGCUAGGACCCCCAGUCAUCGUGGUGCCCCCCAACAACAGCACGGUCAAUACCUCCCAGGAUAUUUCAUUGGCUUGCCAGGCUGAGGCAUACCCUGCUAACCUCACCUAUAGCUGGUUCCAGGACAGCAUCAAUGUCUUCCACAUUAGCCGCCUGCAGUCACGAGUGCGGAUCCUGGUGGAUGGAAGUCUGUGGCUGCAGGCUGUCCAGCCUGAUGAUGCUGGCCUCUACACCUGUGUGCCCAGCAACGGCCUCCUACACCCACCCUCAGCCUCUGCCUACCUCACUGUGCUCUACCCAGCCCAGGCAACAGCGAUGCCUCCUGAGACACCCCUGCCCAUAGGCAUGCGUGGGGUGAUCCGCUGCCCAGUUCGUGCCAACCCCCCACUGCUCUUUGUCAGUUGGACCAAGGAUGGGCAGGCCCUUCAGCUGGAGAAGUUCCCUGGCUGGUCCCAGGGCCCAGAAGGGUCACUUGUCAUUGCCCUGGGGAAUGAGGACGUUCUGGGAGAAUACUCCUGUACCCCCUACAACAGUCUUGGCACUGCAGGGCCCUCCCCAGUGACACGCGUGUUGCUCAAGGCCCCCCCAGCUUUUCUAGAACGGCCCAAAGAAGAAUAUUUCCAAGAAGUAGGGCGGGAGCUACUCAUCCCCUGCUCUGCUCAAGGAGACCCUCCUCCUAUUGUCUCCUGGGCCAAGGUGGGCCGGGGGCUGAAGGGCCAGGCCCAGGUGGACAGCAACAGUAGCCUCAUCCUUCGACCAUUGACCAAGGAGGCCCAUGGGCGCUGGGAGUGCAUCGCCAGCAAUGCUGUAGCCCAAGUGGCCACCUCCACGUAUGUCUACGUGCUGGGCACCAGCCCCCAUGUUGUUACCAAUGUGUCCGUGGUGCCUUUGCCCAAGGGUGCCAAUGUCUCCUGGGAGCCUGGCUUUGAUGGUGGUUAUCUGCAGAGAUUCAGCGUCUGGUAUACCCCAUUGGCCAAGCAUCCAGACCGAGCCCACCAUGAUUGGGUGUCCCUGGCGGUGCCCGUGGGGGCUGCUCACCUCCUUGUACCAGGGCUGCAGCCCCACUGCCAGUACCAGUUCAGUGUCCUAGCUCAGAACAAGCUGGGAAGUGGGCCCUUCAGCGAGAUCGUUCUGUCUGCCCCUGAAGGGCUUUCUACCACACCAGCUGCCCCCAGGCUUCCUAUGACAGAGAUGGCACCUCCCCUGUCCCCUCCCAGAGGUCUGGUGGCAGUGAGGACACCCCGGGGGGUACUACUGCAUUGGGAUCCCCCAGAAUUGGUCCCUCAGAGACUGGAUGGCUACAUCCUAGAGGGUCGACAAGGCGCCCAGGGCUGGGAGGUGCUGGACCGGGCUGUGGCAGGCACGGAAAUGCAGUUGCUGGUGCCUGGCCUUAUUAAGGAUGUUCUCUACGAGUUUCGCCUUGUGGCCUUGGCUGGUGGCUAUGUCAGCAAUCCCAGCAACUUGGCCAACAUCUCUACUUCUGGCCUGGAGGUCUACCCGUCACGCACCCAGCUGCCAGGCCUCCUGCCACAGCCUGUACUGGCCGGCGUUCUGGGUGGGCUCUGCUUCCUAGGGGCAGCUGUCCUUGUGAGCAUCCUGGCUGCUUGCCUAACCAGCCAACGCAGGGCUGUCCGCCACCGCCACCGCAAGCACCUCCGCCAAGAUCUACCUCUUAUCUUCUCUCCACCCCGGCUGUCAGCUCCACCGUCUGUUCCAGGCUCAGGCAGUCCUGACAGUGUGGCCAAGCUGAAGCUCCAGGCUUCCCCAGUCCCCAGCAUGUGCCAGAGUCUGCUCUGUGGGGAGCCCACUAGACCCCCCAGUUCCCCUCCAGAUCCUUCACCUAGCUGGGGACCCUUGCCCUUGGAGCCCAUUUGCCGGGGACCAGAUGGGCGCUUUGUGAUGGGACCCAAUGUGGGGACCCCCCAAGAAAGGUCAGGCCCUGAGCAGGUCGAACCUUGGACCCUGGCCCAGUGUCAGACCAGGUCCUAUGACUGCAGCAGCAGCCGCAGCAGCCCCAGUGGGCUGCCCCAGCCCCUCUGCAUUGCAGACAUCAGCCCUGUGGAGCCCUCUUUUGCAUCCUCGCCCAGUCCCCUGCCAGGUGCAGGACCCCUGCUCCAGUACCUGAGCCUGCCCUUCUUCCGGGAGAUGAAUGUCGAUGGGGACUGGCCCCCUUUUGAGGAGCCUGGUUCUGCUGUACCCUCAGAUUACACGGACAUUCAGCCCUGCCAGACCUCACCUCUCCUUCAACCCCUGGACUCCCCCCCGGGAUCCCCCAGGGCAGUACUUCCUGGAGCUGUAGUCUGUACUGGGGCUGUCACAGAGCCUGCAUACACAGCACUGGCUGACUGGACACUGAGGGAACGGUUGCUUUCAAGCCUUGUCCCUGGUGCCCCUCGGGGCAGCGUCACCAGCCAGAGCAGUGGGCGGGGCAGUGCCUCUUUCUUUCGGCCCCCUUCCACUGCCCCCUCAGCAGGAGGCAGCUACCUCAGCCCCACUCCAGGAGACACCAGCAGCUGGGCCAGUGGCCCUGAGAGGUGGCCCCGAAGGGACCAUGUGGUGACAGUCAGCAAGAGGAGGAACACAUCUGUGGAUGAGAACUAUGAAUGGGAUUCAGAAUUCACUGGGGACAUGGAAUUGCUGGAGACUCUGUACCGGGGCUUGGCUGGCCCUCGACCCCGACUUGAAGCUGAGUCAGAGCUAGGUGCCAAGACUCCAGAGAUGGGCUGUCUCCUGAACACUGCCCAUACUCCUGGGCCUGAGGCCCGCUGUGCCGCACUUCGGGAGGAAUUCCUGGCCUUCCGCCGCCGCCAAGAUGCCACUAGGGCCCGGCUACCAGCCUAUUGGCAGCCAGUCCCUCAUUCUGAACAGGCCACUCUGCUGUGAACACCCUAAUGUCAGGGUGAAGGUACAUGGACCCUGCAAAGGAGACCCCAGCAAGACCCAGCUGUGGCCUAGGAAACUGCCCAUGCGCCUUUGAGACCUAGGCAUAGAUGUUGACUGUGGGCUUGAGUGGGCAUAGUGUGGGGUGUAUGUGCUGAGCCCCUAGAGCCUGGGGACUAGAACAGGGAUCCUAGGCCUACCAGGGUGUGUGUGUGUGUGUGUGUGUGUGUGUGUGUGUGUGUGUGUGUGUUCAUAGUCUGGGUAAUGUUUUAUAUGGGUGAAUAAAGAAAA